GCACUCUUCCAUAUUAACCGAUCUAGUUACUUCGGAAAACCGCAACUGCUUGGCGUUCACCCUUCUGUGCUUUCUUUUCAAUGGUUGUAUAGGACUUGUACUCUAUUGUAGGGAUUUAUUUGUUUGUAGCAUAUGCAAUGCAUACAUCGUGUUCAUAUGAUUGUCAGCUGCCUUGGAUCCAGCUUGUUCGCUUGGAGCUGGCUUGUGGAUGGCUUGUGUGCGUUGGUGCGCUUGACGUAUCAUUCGUAUGUCGUAGAGGAAUCCACUCAGGCACUUACACAAUUACACACAGACACAUAGACACACAUAGUCACACGUCUUGUUGUCUUAGUUGAAAUUCUUCCUCUUCUGAUCUAUUCUGAUCUCUUGUGAUCGAGAUCUUCCCAAGCUCAAAAGCUCAAAAGCACAACGACAACAGCAAUGAUCGACGAAACAUCGUCCACGUCCAAAGUCACGAACAUCUCCUCCAACGGGGACAUUGGCCGUGGGAGGUAGGCGGUUGGUGGGUGGGUGGGUGUUUUUUUUGACCCAUGACCCCGAUGCCCGAUGAUCGACUGGGUUGGUGGUGUUCUCGGUGAAACUCCCUCCUGAGCCUGAAUCGAAGUCCCACGUUUAGCGAGGACCUCCCCCCCCCCCUGUGACGCCCCAGUCCAGGGCGGAUAGUCGCUUGCGGGUGGAUUGCGCGUGGAUUGCGCGAUGAGUUCGGGUAGUGAGCCGGCCAAACGCUCGCGAACGUGUAGCGUGUGCCAAGGGCCCACGGAAUCCUAUCACUUGAACUACGGGGUCAGCUCUUGUUUCAGUUGCCGAGCCUUCUUCCGACGAUCUGUGCAAGAUGACAAAUACGAGAGUUUUAAGUGUAAGCGUAAAUCCCAUUGUGAUGUGACCAAGACGGGGGGCCAAAAAUGCAAAAAAUGUCGUUUCGACCAAUGUAUAGCCGCCGGCAUGAAGCCAGAGUGCGUGAUGAAUAAGGAUCAGAAGAAGAAAAGAUUCAGAAAAUGUCUUGAAAGGCAAAUGCAGCUGAAUAGCCCUCCUGAACCCUCCCUCAGCCGCCCAGCAGACGACCUCUGCGCCAGCUUGAGCGAAAUCCGCUAUAACAAAAUCAACCGCAGUUCCUCCCGAGGGAAUAAGCCUGUGGUCAAAGACAUCGUCCCGUCGUCCAAUCUGAAAGGCUCCCAGUCUAUGGUGGCCACUGGCUCGUCAUUACCGCGUGUUCCGGAGGCCGAGACGGCCCCAGACAUUUCUACCUCAUCAUGUACCAAAUUCAAGUCCAAGCUCAUGCGAAUGUAUGAAGAGGAAGUGGCUGCCCAUGAUGAGAAUCAAGACACCUUGGUUAGCCCCACAGUCCUUGGCGCUUUUGAUCGGAAUGAAUGCAUUAACCUUUGGAAUCAAUCGAUGAGUGAGAUUCGAUUUCAUGAGACUUGGGCCGACGAGUUGAAGAGAUUUCAUUCCCCAAUUGCCGAUAUCAAUGGUACGGCCAUGAGGCGACAUGCAUACCAGGCAUUUAUCAGAGACAUUUGUCGAGUGUUUCAUGGCUUUGCUCGACGUUUGCCCAUGUUUAGACAACUCUCAAAGAAGGAUCAGCAAGUCCUGCUCUGGCGGAAUCCGGUCAACUUUGCCGCCUUCAUCUUGGGUCGAUACUACGGGGCGGCCACUAACCAAGAACAAUUGCGACGUGUAUUUAUUUCAGACGAUGGGAUCCUCCCCGCCGAGCCAUUGAAUUUCAUUGGAUUUUGCCAGAGAUUGGACGUCAAAUAUUCCUCACCAGCCAUUAUCCAAACCAAUGAGUUGUCGAAGCAAAUUUGACGUUAUCAAAUCCUCCAAGAGUACAUACCCAUUGUGGCUCAUUCGAUCUUAUUCUAUACGGAUCCGACGUUUUCCUUUGAACUGUCCAUGAAGCAGCCAAUUGAGCAAACCUUUCAGAUGUCGUGUACAAAUCUUGUGGAUGUAUUCUCCCACGAGUAUAACGCCGAUACCUUCUUUGGAGACAUCUUCGAAUUGUCUGUCUCGCUAUUUCAUGGAUUGCGUUGGGUUUCCGAAGACAUUCAAUUGCUCGUACCUCCUUCGUAUCGAGAGGAGGACGACAAUUGGCUUCUCAAUCAAAUCACCCAAUUCUCAGAUUCCCUGUACAAGAUACCAUUAGGCAAAGACCAUAUCGAUGACAUUGUCGAAUAUUGUGCUUGCGAUAUCCCUUUCCGAAGAAAUCUGUUUGUUUUCAUGGCUAACAAUUACUCGCAACGACUGCGACCAAUCCUUGAAGCACUCAAUUGUAAUGACGGGUUCCCCCAAAAGAUUUUAGAUGAUAUGUGGAAUAAGGCUAAGAUUCCCUCCAUUUGUGUUAUCAUUGCCAAACUGGAGUCAUUUGAAAAUAUUCUUGAACUCUUCACUUUAGUGGCCACAGCCGAAGACAGGGAACAUCUGAGGUUUCGAAUCAGUCCCUUGAAAAAACCCAUGAAACCUCUGAGGAUGAGGGAAGUGAAUGCUUGUUCCAAGAUCCUUUCAACGGCGCUUGAAAUCAAGUUAACGUCAUGUCUGGAGAGAAUCGGCCACAUUGUUCGGGAUGAUAAGCUAUUCUUUGUCGUUUUAGCCUUCAUUUUACUUAAGCCCGUUCGAGAAACCUAUCCUAAAUCAGAUAUGGCGGACUUCAGCUCAAAGGUUUGGAAAAUCGGACUGAAGAGAGCUCAGUACUGUUUUGGAAUCCCUCAUAUCAAAUUUGUUGAAUGUUUAUCUGUGAUAACUGAGAUGGAACAACUCAUGGUAAACAUCCUCUCGUAGUGAGUGAUGAAUGUUGUAUUGUUUGCUCCAUUUUCAAAACAUGAAAGAUUUUUUGUGUGUC